CCUCUCUGCUGAGAGACAGGGAAAAACAGACAGACACACACACAUACACACACACACACACUUCCCCGCGGCCCAGUCUCCUCUUUCCCCUCUCUGCCAUCCGGCUGCCGGGACGCGGCAAGAGGUGUCCAGGCAGCGCAGACCGCCGCCGGUCCCCCCCGGAGCGUGUCGCCCUCUGCCCUGCGAGCUCAUCGCCUUCUCUGCUGGAUCGAGGAGGGUCUCGGACCCCGGGCUCUCGGACCGGGGGGCGACUCCGGAUCGUCUGGUUUGGCCCCCGAGGGGAGCGGGUAACCCCGUGGAAGGGUCGGGACGUGGGGCUGACGCUUCUCCGCUCCUCUCCGUUUUCCCAGGGAGGUUCUGGAUCUGUUCCGGCGUCGCCUGGCUCCCCGAGGGAUGGGCCACGCUGCCGUCCGGCCGAGCGCGGGGUCGGCGCUCCUCAAAGCACAGGAGGGAGGAUAAGAGGCCGCCGCCGUCGUUGAGCCGGGCCCGGCCGAUCGCCGGGGACUCCGGUGGAUGGACUCGGUCCCCUGGCGUUCUCCCACCUGGCCGUCGGGAGGCACCUCGGGGGUCGACCUUGAGAAUGAACGGUGAUGUCCUCUAGCCCCCCGUGACGCCGCGCCCCCGUCUGCGUCCGGUCGUCCCCUCGAUGCGCCGCGGCCCGCGGAACCCCUGACCCCUCUGCGAGAGAGCCCGCCGGGGCCCCGCCGGUCAGCUAUGACCGUCCAGAAACUGGUGGCCACGGCUGUCCUGGUGGCCCUCGUCUCCCUGGUGCUCAACAACGCCGCGGCCUUCACCCCCAACUGGGUGUACCAGGCCCUGGAUGACGGGCGCAAGCGCAGCGUGGGGCUGUGGAAGAGCUGCUGGCUGGCGGAGCGGGGCCGGGCGGCCGCCGGCGGGGCCGGGGCCGGGCCCGGGCACGGGGAAGAGCGGGAGUGCGAGGCCCUGAGCUGGGGCUCCGAGUCGGCCGGCUUUCAGGAGUCCCGCAGCACCGUCAAACUGCAGUUUGACAUGAUGCGGGCCUGUAACCUGAUUGCCACCGUGGCCCUGACGGCGGGCCAGCUCAUCUUCGUCUUGGGCCUGUUGGAUCUGCCCUUCGUUUCCCAGGACACCCAGUGGUGGGAGGAAGCCAUCGCUGCUCUGUUCCAACUGGCUAGUUUUGUCCUCGUCAUUGGCCUGGUGACCUUCUAUCGAAUCGGCCCGUACACCAACCUGUCCUGGUCUUGCUACCUGAACAUCGGGGCCUGCCUCCUGGCCACGCUGGCCGCCGCCAUCUUGAUCUGGAACAUCCUCCACCGGAGGGAGGACUGCAUGGCUCCCCGCGUCAUCGUCAUUAGCCGCACCUUAACCGCCCGCUUCCGCCGGGGCCUGGACAAUGACUACGUGGAGUCCCCAUGCUGAGGGGGCCACCUUGGGGAGGGCGCCGCACUCUUGGGGGGGCGCCGGACUGGGGGGGGCGGGGCCCUGUAAACGGGUGAGACAACCGAAUGGCGGAGGUGGCGGAUGCCGCCGACCUGCUUCGGUCGCUGGGGGAGGACCAUUCUGUGUGGCCCGUUGGAUGGGUUACAGCUAUAUACAUAUGUAUGAUACGCAUAAAGAAUAUGUAUAUUAUAUAUAUAUAUAUUAAUAUAGUCUAUGUCCCUCACCCCUUCUCCUGUACAGUGACAGAAUUUUAUCGUGUAGAGCUGCCCGGGCUGACCCUUUGCAAGGGGAGCAGAGAGGCAGACAGAAUUAAGGAAGCAGGCGAUGCUACCACUCGGUUACGUGCUCGUUGACUCGGCUCCCGGCGACAGAGGUAGGGCCUUGGCCUGUCGACUCCGCUCUCCGGGGGGACCGCGACGGCAGCCCGGAGGUGUCUCCGUCCCCCAUCUGCGUCGGCCGCCGUCCGCCCCCAGACUCCCGUCUGCGGCCCAAUGGAACCCGGGGCCCGGGCUCGACGGUUCACGGCCGAGAUCUGCGGGCGUGUUUCCCCAGAAUAACUUCUUCUGCCCGAGGGCGGCAACGGCAGACGAGAAAGAGGGUAGGGGUUUCGAGGGCGUUUCUGUGGACGGGUGAACGAGCGAGGCAGGGCUGGUUGGAAACGGGGGCGGUGUGGGUGAGUUAUUUUGGCGUUACCGUAGUUUGCCCUCAAGUGAGAUAAGGCAGCCCAAGUGUCCACAAGUAGAAUGGAAACUGAGCCUUCCUUGGGGAUGAGGUCUGCCAGGACCUGGGAGAGAAAAACGUACACCUAUUUGCCUUGGGCGGGGGGGUGAGGGGGGAGGCGGGGAGAGAGAUGACAAAAAAGGGGCAUACGGAAGGGGUGUUCCUGCACAUCAAUACCGGGAAUUUCUCCUUCCGAGGGCAGUCUGUGGAUUUCCCCGCUGGCCUGAUCCGGAGUGGGAUCUAGGCCUGAAUGGUACACGGGCCAGUCCGGUCCUGGAAGCGUCUGAGCGAGGGGCCCAAGAGAGUGGGUUCGGGACCCAGAAUCCUCUGCUGUCUCCCGCCAGCCCCCAUCACCUUCCUUUUUGACCGAGGUCCUCAAAGCCUGGUGGGCGAUUUUGUCCAAGGGCAGGAAAUUCGCAGGGCCCCGGGAAGGGGCAAAAGAAAGCCCGGGAGCUAUACAGAUUCUUAUCAAAAGCCUGUCUCUCACGCCCCUUCGGCUUUUCAAAUUCCAGAGUCUGCUUCCCCGUUCGAGGGAGAUGAUCGAGCUGGCUCGUGAGUUCUGGGAGGGCCCCGGAUUUUGCUGGGAUGGUCCACCUGUCCCACAGCCCUUGUGGGGCUCUGAGGAUUGGAUCCCUGAAACAGCAUCUUGGACAGACCGCCGGGGCGUUGGAACUACGAUUCCCACGAAUCCAUCGGGUGGAGAAACACCCAGGAGGCCAGUCUUCUUUGAGCUAGGUUCCCUUAAUCGAUUUCAGUUGGGUUUUUUCCACAAGAUAAUGGGUUAUUUAAAACAUGUUAUUCCUGCCAAUAUCAGCGUGUAUAUGUGAUUCUAAACGUACAUUAAAGUUGGAAAAAUCAGCUCUUUGCUCUCUGGCAGUCUGACGAUGCUGGGGUUUGAAAAUGUGGCUUCUGGAGAGUCCUGUCGACUGGUACGUACUAGGGCUCGGCCUCAGGUCUGGCUCCCUGGACGUUUUGGGGCUGGGGGAGGUAACAUGGCUGCAAUCCAAUAUCCGAAUAAUAAAUCUUCUGAUUGGCCUCCUCA